AACCUAGUCAUAAAUGAAGUUAGAACUGUAGUGGGUUAAGACCACCUGCUGGUCUCUACGUGUCACUUAGUACCAUUACCCAGCGUCUUUCUCCAUCUUAAGUUUCUGCUUUCAAACCCUAGAAAACACCCAAAUCUAUCUCAUAUAUCUGUUCUCUUUUUCAAGGAGUUUUCUUCUCAUCACGUAUGCUAUUGAAAUGGAAAAGGAAGCAAAGAAGGAAGCAUUUAGGAAGUAUCUAGAAUCAACUGGAGUGCUUGAUGCCCUCACCAAAGUUCUUGUUGCACUUUAUGAACAGAAUGACAAGGAGAAACCUUCAUCAGCAGUUGAGUUUGUGCAGCAAAAGUUAGGGGGUCCAACUAUAUGCGAGUAUGAAAAGCUUAAAGCUGAAAUUUCAGAUUUGCAGAUAAAAUACAAUGAGCUUUCAGUAACACAUCAAAAAACCUGCAAAGAGCUUGAAGAACUUAGGUGUUCAAAGUCAGAAGUUCGCAAAGAGACAGUUGAUAGAGAUAUCCCAAAGGAUGGAUCAUGGGGAGGCAUCUAAAAGCUUGCAUGUGGUAACAGAACCACGUCAAGCAUUUGUUUAUUGCAGGAGAUUAAUCGGUGUAUGACCAAAUAUUUGUUGGCAGUUGCAUGAGCUUGUCUGAAGAAGACCAAAAUAUUUGUUGGCAGUUGCAUGAGCUUGUCUGAAGAAGAAUCCUUUUACUAACAACCACUUCUCAGUCGCUGUAUCUGUUUUUAUAGAAGUUGUUUGAGUGGUGAAUAGAUAAGUUCAUUUUUUCUCAAAACAUUCAUGCUGUCAAAAUUUAUCUCUGUUAAUGUCUAACAUGGCUGGAUUGAUCCUAAUAAGACCCAGUUUACUAUUAAUUAUCUAACUCCUUUAAAAUCCUAA